AUGGACGAGGAUCAAGGUCCGUCCCGUAUCGUCCCUGGGACGACCUCAAAGAAGACCAUCGGCGACCGGAUACGAAGCAUCAAGCGGGCUUUCUUUACCAAAGAGGGUCUCAUCGGCACCUACGACUAUGCCUUCCUCUUCACCCCCAAUAUUCCCUUCAUGAAGCGGUCACGCCACAGCUCCCCGUUCUUCGGCCUCAAUGACCGGAUGCCCGUUCUCCUCGCCUUGCUUCUCGGGUUCCAGCACGCCCUCGGCAUGCUGGCUGGUGUUAUUACUCCUCCUCUCCUCAUCAGCGGCGCCGCUGGUGCCAAUCUGGACCCCGAACUGCAGCAAUAUCUCGUUUCCACCGCGUUGAUCGUGUCCGGAACGCUGUCAAUGAUCCAGAUCACUCGAUUCCAUAUUUACAAGACGCCCUACUAUAUUGGCACCGGCUUGCUCUCGGUCGCCGGUAUCAGCUUUUCCAUCAUUCCCGUCGCGCAAGGAGCGCUAGAUCAGAUGUACAACAACGGCUUCUGUCCCGUAGGCGCGGAUGGCGCCAAGUUGCCCUGUCCCGACGGCUAUGGCGCCAUUCUCGGCACGGGCGCAAUAACUGCCAUCCUCAUCAUCAUCCUGGCCUUCAUCCCGCCGCGCAUCCUGUUGCGCAUCUUCCCUCCCAUCGUCACCGGUCCCACCGUCCUGCUGAUGGGUGUGAAGCUCAUCCAGAGCGGCUUCAGGAACUGGAUGGGAGGCACUGGGCCCUGCUCUUCGCCCUCCACCGCCGUUGGCUUCUUCGAGCGCUGCCCGAAUAUUGCCGCCCCUAACGCCCUGCCUUGGGGGUCUCCGGAAUACUUUGGUCUGGGUUUCUCCGUCUUCGUCACCAUUAUUCUUUCCGAGCGCUUUGGUUCCCCCAUUAUGAAGUCCUGCUCCGUCAUCGUCGGCCUGCUUGUCGGCUGCAUCAUUGCCGCUUCGACCGGAUAUUUCGAUCGCUCCGGUAUCGACAAUGCGCCUGUCGCCUUGUUCAUCUGGGUGCACACCUUUAAACUCACUCUGUACGGUCCUUUGGUACUCCCUCUGAUGGCUGUUUAUAUCAUCUGUGCUACCGAGGCCAUCGGUGAUAUCACGGCCACAUGCGAUGUCUCCCGAGUUGAAGUUCACGGGCAGACCUACGAAUCCCGCAUCCAGGGCGGCGUGCUGGCUGACGGCCUCAACGGCAUCCUCGCGUCCCUCAUGACCCUCACCCCUGUGACCACCUUUUCCCAGAACAACGGCAUCAUUGCUCUUACUCGUUGUGCCAGCCGAGCCGCCGGCUAUUGCUGCUGCUUCUUCCUCAUCAUCAUGGGCAUCUUUUCCAAGUUUGCCGCCUCGCUCAUCUCGAUCCCUUCUCCUGUCCUCGGCGGCAUGACCACCUUCCUCUUCGCCAGCGUCGCCGUCUCCGGCAUGGCCAUCAUCAACAGGGGCGUCGUCUUCAACCGCCGCAACCGCUUCAUCCUGACCGCCGGUUUCGUCUUCGGCUACGGCGGUAUCCUGCUGCCCGGCUACUUCGCCAACGUCCUGCCUUACGACGGGGACAACACCGGCCUGCGCGGCUUCCUGGACGCCAUCACCCUCAUCGUCGAGACCGGCUUCGCCAUGACCACCAUCAUCAACAUGGUCCUGAACCUUGUCCUCCCCGAGGAGAUUGACGAGACCGAUGCCGCGCCCGUCCCCAUGGAAGCCGUGAGGCCUGGCGGCGAAGGGAGCGCCCGUUCCACUGACUCGGAUGACAUCCUUCCCACGCGUCAUGAUUCUACCAGCAAGGGGGAGGAGAAGGUGUACUGA